AUGAGUCUAUUUGGCGACAUUGUGGAGCACGAGACGGAGGAGGCCACCCUUCCCGACUUGACUGAGCACGAGAAGAUGACGGGCUUUCCUGCCUUGCAGAAGAUAGAGUUUAAGAGGCCAUCGAGGUUCAAGGCUAAGUUUGGAGGAUCAAGGCCGCCUCCACGGCAACAGCCUCCCAAGGAGGUACCAUCCGACCCCCCUGCUGCAGCUUCGAAAGAACAAGCAAAGAGCGAAGCACAACAAAUUCAUGAGGAGAACCUCAAAAGGAUCAUGCAAUUAUCGCCAGACCAAUUUAUAAGCGAGAGAGAUGAGCUAUUUCAGGGUCUCGAUCCAAAGCUUUUGGAAGGAUUGAAGAAAAGGGCAGAGAAGAAGGAGCAUAGACAUGAGCACGCAGAAGGAUUCGAUGGCUGGAUCGGCGGAGGCCGUGAUGGAACAAACUUGCCUCACCUUGACGCUGAGGAGGUCAACAAAGCUUUGGGUAUUAAGACCGUGAAGUUCGAUGCAACGCCCGUUGAGCAUCAAAUAAUGAAUAGCGUGGAGUCAGAUGAUGAGAUCGGCGAACAGGAUGAAGAUGAGGAUGCCGAAAUUGCCCCGGAUGACUACCAGAUUGUUCCACCUGAAGAGGCGGCAACGGCAGAUAUGCAUUUCCCAAAGCAAAAGAAGGCCAUGGACGAUCCCGAGAUGGAUAUCAAUGAUCCAAGAUUUCUUGACAAGUUACACGAAAAAUAUUAUCCCGAUCUUCCAAAAGAAACUAACAAACUUGCCUGGAUGGCAGAACAACCUAGCCAGGAGAGAAAGACAUCCUACGAGGCCAUUAGUGACAUGCGCUUUGACUUCAAGGGUAACUUGAUUGAGCUAGACGACAACUCUUCAACUGAAAUCCCAACUUAUUUGGGUCUUCAUCAUCACUCUGAAGAUCCACACAUGGCAGGCUAUACUCUCACUGAGUUGGCUCAUUUGGCACGUUCAGUAGUUCCGACGCAAAGAUGUAUAGCUAUUCAGACACUCGGACGAAUUCUUCACAAGCUUGGCCUUCACAAGUACAACAUAAUGCCUAUUCAAGAUGAGGAAGACGGCAAUCAAAUCACAAAGGAGGUUUCAAUCUUAAUGAAAGAAUUUGAACUUAUGAUGUGGGACAUGGUUGAUAAACUUCGUAUCAUUGAAACUAUCACUGAAGCAGCCGACGAAAAGAAGACAAGGAAUCUCUCUGUUCGUAAUUAUGCGAUCGAAGCUCUUUGGCUUUGGAAACAGGGCGGAGGUAGACCUGAGGAUAAGAGACGGACUGAGGAAGAUGUGAUCGCAGAGCAGCUACAGCAGAUGUAA